AUGUGGUGGCAACGGCGCCGGGAAACAAAUGAAGAUGAGGCAAUCAAUCAAGAAGCGGAGAAGGCGAUGGCGGCAAUAUUUACACCUUCACAUUCUGGAGUGAAAAAAGUUUUCGAUGUAGACAACGACAAUUCAGGAAGAUCUGGGGUUCACCUCAUAAAGGAACCAGAACCGGUGGUUUCUACCAAAAUAACAUCUAUUGUGAAGAGAAAGGAUAAUGUCAUGGAUCUCCCUCUGGAAGGAUGUAAAGAGAAUGAAGAGUCGUUAACUUUUCGAGCACUCCCGCCCUGUCCUAUUGUUGGAUAUACUCUACAAGAAGAAGGACUUGUUGAUGAACUCAUAAAACCACCAAAAGUGCUUUCCGUAACGGAGUUGAAAUCCCUCAUACUUGAGCUCUCCUCCAUUGAGCAGCAGGCGAAGUAUACAGUGGAUGUACAACUACCGCAACAGGUACAUAAUAGGGGACGACGCAGUUUGGAACUUGUUGUUAAUCCCGCUUUAUAUAUUUGUGGUUUGUACCUGAUGUUAUGGAGAGCCCCCCGCUUGUAUUAUAAUGCGUCACCACGGGGUAGUCUUUUUUUCACUCGACUUUUCGCACUAAUGCGAUGGCAUUUACCUGAAAUGGAAAAGGAAAGACUGGCGCGUAAUCAUCGCCGAAUUUUUCAGGCAACAAAUGCGCAAGUUACAUUAUCGUUUUUUUCUGGUUGUUUUUUAACAACAGUUGCUUUUCUCACACAUCCAUCGCCUGAUGUUAUUGAUUCUGGUCCUGAUAUAGAGAUUGGGAAGCAAUCAGUUGGAUUUCAACAACAUUCUGAAGGUGCUCUGCGGUGGUUGUGGUAUGUGUACUAUCACCAUCCAGCUUACCGCUAUUUGGCUAAAGAGACACGGCCGCCCAUUCUACGUAGCACUGGUACGAGUGAAAGGAGUUGA